AUGCGUUUCGAAAUCUUCCUCGCUGGCAUCAUUGUCUCUGCAUCGGCUCAAGUCCUCGAAACAGGACAGGAUGAACCCAGCGCUGAAGUCUCUAACCUGGCAACCUCGCUGACUCCCGCUCCUCCUGCUGAAGCACAGGUGACCGGCCUCGCUGCCCCAGAAAUCUACGAGGAACUACUCGGCCCAGUUGGUGGUGUUCUAUCAGCAAUCGCGCAUAGUGUCGAGACUUCGGUCCUGGGAAAGGUGACCGAUGUGCCGGCCAGUGAGCUGAACAAGCUUCCGAGUAGCAUCGCCGCGAAGGAGUCUGAUAUUCUGGGAGGAGCGAUUUCGGCGGCGGCGGAGGCGAGCGCAACGAAGAAGCAAGAUGCGGACAGGAAGGAGGAAGCAUUGCCGGUUAAGACGGAGGUGAGGAUUAAUGAUAACGAUGACGUGGGUGAUGGGGACGAUGAUAAAGAUCAUGAUGAAGAUCGUGAGGACCAUGAUAAGGGCCAUGAUAAAGAUGAUGGUAUGGAUGAUGAUAAUGAUAGAAGGCAGCAGAAGCAGGUUGAUGAGGGUGGGGAUGAUGCAGCUGGAGAUGAUGCAGCCGCUACUGGUGACGCAGCUGAAGACGAUGCGGCUACUGCUGGUGACAACGUGGACGCUGGCGACAUCGUCGAUGAAGCAAACCACCGAGUUGGCGCAGAAACCGACGAUAAAGUCGCGGAUGAUGCUGAAGCGCAGAGCGGAGGAGCCGACGAAGACAAUAUUACCAGCCCUGAGAGUUUGAGGAAGAGGUAUAGCAAAUUAAGUGAGAACGCCGCAGAGACCCUCGUGGCUUGGUCUCCAGUCAUUUGUAUUUUGUUGGGAACGGUGGUUUUGAUUUUGUAG